CGGGUGCCCGGAGGCCCGCCCCCCACGGCGGCGCGGAGCCUGGAGCUGGCCGUGGUGCUGACGCGAGGCUCCGGCGCGCACUCGCUGCCUGACUCGGGCGCGGCCGCGCCCUGCGACACUCCCCAGCCCCAGCGUGGCAAGAACACCGGCAACAUGGAGCUGAGGAGAGGCAAGACCUUCAUCAAAUCUAGCGUGCAGAUUUCCCACGAGAAACUCAUAGACCCACCAGCCCCUGCACCAGCCAAGGAGGACGCAGGUCCUUGGUCACUCUCACUAGGAGAGAGACCCUAUGGAGAGAAGAGUUCCCAAACUAGUCCCCGUGUUCAAGGGUGUGGCCAAUGCCCCAACAAAGAGAUCCAGUCUGAUCCUGAAGGGGGUCCCGGGCCGCUCUGCGGAACCACCUUCAAGUUGGUGCGGAAGAGCAAGACUCAUGAGAGCGUGCCGGGGGCCGCGAAGGCCGCCGCCGCCACAGGGCAGAUGGUGGGCAGCAUGAGCUUCCCAGAGACCCCUGGGGGUCAGCGGAUGAUUGACUACCGCCACUUUGUGCCCCAGAUGCCCUUCGUGCCAGCGGUGGCUAAGAGCAUCCCAAGAAAAAGAAUUUCCCUGAAGAGGUCCAAGAAGUGCUUUCGGAACCUGUUUCACAUCCGCAGGAGCAAAACUGAGAACCUGGCCUCACUAUCAGCCAAGGGGAAGAGCCUGUCGUCCCCUGGGACCCCAUCGGGUGCUGCAGCGCAGCAAGGCAAACCCUUCCUCUCCAUGGGGGAGGGGCUGGGGCUGGACAGCCUAUGCCAGGACCUGUCUGACAGUGAGUUUCUGCCCGACUCGCCCUUUGACCUCUGCAGCGCCCUGUGUGAGGAUGUGGCCUCCCUCAAAAGCUUCGAUUCGCUUACCGGUUGUGGGGAGAUCUUUGCAGAUGGGAGCUCGGUGCCAUCUGUGGAGAUGAAAGAAGGUCCGGAGAGCCCAGCCCGUUCACCCCAAGCUCUGGACAGCAAAACUCCUUGUGGUCCCUCCCAGGGUAGUAUGGAGCAGCUGGCAUCACCUGCCCAGAAUGAAGCGUCAGACUUCACCAAGUUCUGGGACAAUGUGAAUCGCUCCGUGAAGCAGCAACAGCGUGCCCUGCUGGGCCCAAGGCUGAGGAGUCCCCAGGGGACAGACACAGACCCGCUCAGGUUAGAUGCAGCUGGGCUAGCUGAACUGCCCCUGUUGCCUUGCAGGGGUCCCCCCAGUGGCUCCAAAGCCAGCUCCGUAGACACAGGUACCCCCAAAAGUGAACAGCCAGAAUCUGUGUCCACCAGUGACGAAGGCUACUAUGACUCCUUCUCACCGGGCCUUGAGGAGGAGAAAAAGGAAGCUGUGAGCCCUGGGACAUCUGCAGCCACUUUCCCCAGGGACAGCUACAGUGGGGAUGCCCUCUAUGAACUCUUCUAUGACCCCAGCGAGGCCCCUGUUGGCCCAAUCCUGGAUGAUGACCUGUGUGUGUCUGAGAGUCUUUCAGGGCCUGCCCUGGGGACCCCGCUGUCUAUGUGCAGCUUCCAUGUGGGAGCUGAGGAGAACCUGGCCCCAGCGCCCGGCCCUGACUUACUCAGCCAGGGCUUCCUGCAGAGCACCUGGAAGGGCAAGGAAUGCCUGCUGAAGCUCUGUGACACAGAACUUGCCAUCACCAUGGGCAUUGUCAACUGGUUGCGCAGGAUGCCACCUGCCCCUGCCCCUGCCCCUGCCCCUGCCCCUACCCCUACCCCUACCCCUGCCCUGGUCCUUAGGGAGCCUGUUGCCCCACCUGACCCCCAUAGAGCCCUCAGGGGACCAACAGACAGCCUAGAAGGCAAGGAACACCAGACCUUAGAUAUGGGCAAGGCCAGGACAUGCUUGGCACCCAGCAGAGAGGAGCCCUGGGCACACCUAGGAACCAAAGACUUGCUUAUAAGAGAGCGUGAGGUCCAAGGGGAGCCUGCAAGGGGUGUUAGUGUCCCAUCUAAGGAUGGCUCUCUAGAGGAAGGAACACAAGCCCUCUCCGAAGGCCGGUCCUCCUCUGCAGCUACCAUGACAACAGGCAUUUCCAGGAAAAGCACAGCUCUAAACCCUGCCACCUGUGCUAGCUCUCGGAAGGAACUGGGGAUACCUGCGAGCCAGAGGCACGCUCAAGGCCCCUUAAGACCAGGGCAUGGGGGAAGUACUCUUGAUCCAGGGUCCAUGCUUGUAGGCUGCGUGGCCCACGUGGCAGCCCUGCAAAUCUAUCCAGACGGCCGUUCUCCCAGACAGGAUAGGGGCAAUGGGCUCUUCUGGAAGCCUCAGGCUUGGGGUCCCAACACUGUGCAAAAGAAACCGACAAGCAGCAACGCUCCUGACGGAGCAGCUGUCUGUGGCCUCUCCUCCCCAGCCAACCCACAGGACCAGAGAUGUCAUGACCUUUUCCUGGACCUGAGCCAGCUCAAGUUGGAACCUUCCAGGCUAGGUACCCAGGUCUGUGCCUCGGUGGACAACCAGCCCCAGCAGCUCAGUCCCAGGGCUCCAGAUAGAGGCUCAGUGGGGUCCUGAGUCACUCUGAGCCCCUGCUGCCCAGUGAAGGUUCUGUGGCUAUUGCCCAGAAAUCCUGGGGUUUUCUUUGGACAGCAAACAGUGGCAAGUCGCUCCUUCACGUAGUUGCCAUGGCCUUCUGGCCUGACACAGACUUCUUUGUGGAUAACUGAAAGUGGGGGCUUGCAAGCCAGCCAUGGCUCCGGCUCACCCACAGGACAGGCUCGUAUUUCUGCAGGAGCUGCAUCUGCACGACCUCAUUCAGGAGAACCAAGGACCAGAAUCUCCAUCUUCGUUUCCCUGAUGUGGUAGAGACAACAGGGCUCGGGCAUGUGGGGGAGGGAGAGGGCAUGAGAUGAAGGAAUCCUUGUCUGAGCCCAGGGCUGCUGGAAGCUGUAUGUGCUUAGCUGCCCCUCAUGCCACAGAACAAAGAGGCUGAUGACCAGAAAGCAGUUCAUGUUGUAAAUGAAGACUGGGGUAGCCAAUCUCUCUGAGGUCUAUGAAAACGAUGAGGGCUAAUAGCUCAAGAAGCAGAGAACCUCAUGGGGUUGACUUCACAAAGACCCACUGGCCUCAUCCAAACCUACUCUUUACCCAGGACAGGACAGGAGUCUGCAGGACACUGCGGUGUCACAGUGCUUCUCUUUGGGAAUCACAAGGACCAGCCCUGCCUCAGCCACAGGCUGGAGCCAGCCAGCAUGGCGCAUGUGCACAGCUUUGUCGGGGUUGGCCAGACCCUGACUAGUCAGUACCACCAGGUUCUGCCAUAGGACAUUCUGUGCAAGCAAUGACUUCUUUCAACUCGUUCUCUGAGGCCUUGGGUUGGAACACACCCAUUCUCCUUCCCACCUCUGCUGUUCUGCCUUGGAGUUGCAAAGGCCUUGGCUUCUGCCCCUCUCACCCUCUCAGUAUUACCAUCUCUUCUCCAGGAAACCUUCUGAAUGGAGCUGUGCUCACCACUCCUGACUUGAAAGUAACACAUGAACAGCACCCAAGCAUUCAGAAUCAUGAAAGGACCUGGUGGUUGGUGUCCCCGGGAAGGAUCGGCAUCUCUUCUGAACCAGCAUGAGGGCAGGCACAGAGGGCCCAUCCUCACUGUCAAGGAUCUGAUUCUACCUCAGCCAAAAUAAUCAGUGGCAGCCAAAGGAUGAGGAGGACAGGGAGCUGUAAUAUUUAUUACCGGGAUUCUAUGGUAGACAGGCUGCUGGAGAGGUCACACUUCAGAUACAGCUUCUGUGGAGAGGGUCAGGAGGUCCAGGCAAACACUGUGGCCCCAUGGGUAGCACACAUUCAGUGCCUGAGUGCCUGAGUGCCUGAGGCAGCAUUUAGGCUAGAGAGGUUCUCGUGGCCAUUGGCAUCAACAGCUCUCUAAGGCUGACGUGUGUGAGAUGAGGGCCGCACACCAUAGGUUAAAAUGGGCGUCAAGGUUGUGGCUGUGUGAACCCGGACACAGAGGCAUUCACCUGGGAAGCCCACAUCUUCUCCUCCUGUGACCAGACUCCGUCAGGACAUCCCUGAGCCUGGCUGUGAAGAAGUGACAAAUAGAAGAACAUCCUACAUGACCCCUGCAGCAGUCUGAGGUAAAUCUUAUGCUCAUUUUCAGACCUGGGGACUGGGCACAGCUGUGGACCUUCCUUAGACAUGCACACGCAAUGUGUGCAGAUCCCUUCCAAACCUUACUACAAAAACUCUGCUAUGCAGUAGGUUCUGGAACAUCCACUGGUUUCCCUCAGCUGACACUCCCAGGGUCUUCACCCCUUUCUUCUUUCAGGCCACAGAUGGCUUGGGCGCCCUGGGGUGCCACCCACAUGUCUUCUGUAAGCAGGCCGAGAGCUCAGUAAGGAGGCCACCCUAUCCCAGUCACAGCCCCGGGGCUUUGCACUGUACCCGACAGAGAAAGUGCUCAGUAAAUGCUUUUUUGGAAAGAAUGUA